UGAACCCAGAGGCUCCCCGGCUCCCCGCACGCAACGUCGAGCUCUUCGACGCAGGCGGCGCCGUUAUCGCCGGGUUCUGGCAAUACGGCACCCUCACCUGGGAAGACUUCUACGCCUACCUGGCCCUCUUCAUCGUCACCGCCUCGCCUCAGUGGUCUGUUUUCCAAUACAAUAUUGACGACGCCGUGCAGAGGGAAAGGCACCGUGGGCCACCGUGUCCGUGUCCCGGGUCCACCGCUGUGACGUCGCAGAUCGUACAGCCGGGAGAGUUUUGGGUUCGCGUAGGCCUUGUAGCCACCCCUGUCCGCCCGCGCGUCCCUACGCGUUCCAACACCCCCUCUUCUCCCCUCAUCAAUGAACACGACUACCGCUCCCGUACACUCGCCCGAGACGGCAAAUGCCUCAUCACCGGUCUCCACCUCUCCUCCAGCCGUCUGCAGGUCGCACACAUAUUUCCGCGCGCACAUGAGACCGAGGAAAGGCUACCCGUCAAAAUCACCGACCCUGGCCCCUCCUCCUUAGCCUGUAUGGGAGGGCCGAGCAAGAUAGACUCGGUGCAGAACGCCCUCACUCUCCGCUCUGACCUCCACUCCGCCUGGGCCAACUACGAGUUUGGUGUCGAUCCAAAUGACAACCACCGCAUAACCUCAUUCACCAACGGCAACGCCGACAUCCACGGGCUGCACCUCCACCUAUCACACAUCUCCGACGCUACCCUCCGCCCGCUCGACGACCUCCUCCUCGACCACUUUACGCAGGGCAUCCUCAAGUAUAUGCGGGGGCGCGGUCCCUAUCCCAAUCUCUGUCCCGGUGGUGCUGGUGUUGGUGGUGCUGGAGGAGGACCUGGUGGUGGUAGUGAAGGCGAAUGGACAUACGACGACUAUGAGGACGUCUUCGAGGGAUACAACGGCCUGGCGAACCCGAAAGUUUGGGAAACGAGAGAAGGGAAGGAGGGGUUUGAGCUUGUGCUCGCGGACCGGUUGCAUGCGCUGAGGGUGGCGCAGGAGGGGCAGGAGGAGGAGGAGGGGGAGAAGCAGGAUGAGACGACGACGAAGGUGUAGU